AUGUUGUUGUUAUGCUAUCGUAUAAAAUUUCCUCAUUUAAUACAUCUGCUGCGGGGUAAUCACGAAUGUUCAAAAAUGAAUAGACUAUAUGGUUUUUAUGAAGAGUUGAGGAGAAAGCGAUGCAUAUACUUGUGGAAAAAGUUCCAAGAGGUCUUCAAUGAAAUGCCCCUUUGCGCAGUUGUAAGCAGCCGCCUAUUGUGCAUGCAUGGAGGUAUUUCUCCAGAAAUUCAGAAUUGGGAUUCGCUGGUAACUCUGCAGAAACCAAAAACCCCUCGUGCAUGUGACGAUGGCAUAGCUGUUGAUCUAAUGUGGUCGGAUCCUUCAACAGACUCCUGUACUGGAUUCCAGUUCAAUGCAACUCGAGCCACUUCGUACAUCUUUGGUGGUGACACCAUUGCGAACAUUUGCGAUAUGCUCGAUAUCUCAAUGGUUGUCCGAGCACAUGAAGUUGUGAGGGCUGGACAUCAAUUCAUGUAUGACAAAAAAUUAGUCACACUGUUUUCGGCACCCAAUUAUUGUGGAACGGACGGAAACGCAGCAUCAGUCAUGAAAGUCUCACGUCGGCUUGAACUCUCAUUCGUGACGCUCAAACCCCGCCUUGACACCAACCGAUUAACUGAGGAAAAACGUCUCCUCCUUGAGAAGCUAGCAGCGGACGCCAUGGCGAAAAGUCCUGAUCCAUGCUCUCGACUGCCCAAGGAAAAAGAAAAAGUGUCUAAUAACGAUGACUGCCUCAUAGGUCCAAUAACACCUGGGGAUCCAAAAGGUAUCAUGUGGUCACAAGGAGUUGGGCCUAUUCUGAAACUCAGCCAUCACAACCUCACUGAUCUUCCUCUUACAGGUGCAGAAAUGCAACAAAGAAAGUCUGAGCUGCUCUCUCUAAUGGAUGCAAUAGAAGUUCCUCAGCCAAAACCGAAGGGAGCAACCACUACAAAACCUGCACCAACGAUAGUACCGAUAGACACUUCCAAGAGCGGGACUAUGGGUGCCUCAACGGUGACAGCGAGAAAGCGGGAUACAACGCCAGCUCCUCCAGUCAGUGGGGGUGCCCCUGUAACGUCGACCAAGCCAUCUGUAAAUGGGACUUCGCAACAACAAGCCUCACCAUCUCCUCAAACGCCUAAUACAGCCAGGAUUUACACUCCAAAACAGAUGAUAACAUCACCCUUAACCCAAAAUAGUGGUCCCACUGUUUCGCCUACACCACCUGUGACUGAUAGGACGGCGCCAAGUGCUACCUCCAAGCCAACAUCUGGGACCUCACCCUUAAAACGCCCAUCUAUUUCUCUACUGUAUCGUGGCACAAAUGGCCAGGCGAGUAUACCAGGUUCAGCUCCAGCAACAGUCUCUGCUGCGCCGGCUCCCUCCAAACCUGGUCAGGUAUCUCCAAGAGGACAAAUCACAACUGCUAAAGGGCCACCAUCACUGGCUGAACAACCGACACAGGAACCAAAGCUCAAAGAGAUUGUGUCUGGAACGUCCGAUUCAACGAGCAACAGUGCCAAGAACUCAGAAAGCCUUCAAGGUGUUGUAAGGCCACCUCCCUCUAGAGCGAAGAGUGUAGAAGAGGCAGCAAAGACAGCAAUCGCAGCUACAAAAACACCUCCGAAACCAGAUCCGAAGAGUCAAAAUGAAAUCAUCAACGCAACAGAGAAAGCACUGAAGGAUAUCAAGCCAGCAGAGCCGAAGAAAUAA